AUGGGGAAUCUUGACAUCUCGGAGGCGGUGGCAUCCAUAAGAUCGCUACGUGCGUCAGUCCAGGACGAUGACAAUGUUCGAAGGCAGCUCAAGUCAGAGCUCGAGGAGGCUCGAAAAUUACUCGAGACGCCCGUGGAGGCCCUUUGGGCUUUGUUGUACCAAUGUGUUCCCACCACGGCAUUGAAAGCGUUGUUGGAUAUGGGGGCCAUCGACGAGUUGAAUGCGUGCGAAGACUCUCUCUCGGUGAAAGUACUUGCUGAAGCUUGUGGGGCUGAUGAGCGUAUCGUCUAUCGUCUCAUCCGACCCCUGGCCCCUUUGGGAGUCGUAGAGGAGUUGCCAGGGUCUUUGUAUCGUGCAACGCCACUGUCCAGACUUUUGAGUGACCCUGGGUUCAAAGGUGGCUACGUUUUCGUGCACUCGCUUGAGUUGAAGGCAUUCGCCGGGUUGCCAUAUUUCCUCCAGAAGGCGGGUUAUCGAAUGCCAACAGAGGGGCCUGGCCCUUUUCAAUAUUCGCUCCAGACAGAGGAUUCGAUCUAUGAGUACAUGGCCAAGGAUGGCGAUCUGAUGGUCCACUUUGGCAAGUUCAUGGCACGUUCGAGAGCCGGCCGUCCAGAGUGGUUUAACUUCUAUCCAGUACAGGAACGACUUGUCGCUCAAUCUGUUGGAGGCGAACCACACAGCGAUGCCCUGCUUGUUGACGUGGGUGGUGGCGAAGGUCAUGACCUCCAGGCUUUUCGAAAUGCCUUUCCCGAUUGUCCUGGAAGAUUGAUCCUGCAGGAUACCGAGACUGUGCUCGGUAACAUCAGAACACUGGACGCCGCUGUAGAAAGACAGCCGCAUGACUUCUUUACGCCUCAGCCUAUGCAUGGAGCCCGAGCCUAUUAUCUCCGCCAGAUCAUCCACAACUAUAGCGACGGGGAGGCGUUGGAGAUACUAGCGAAUGUGAAGCUGGCCAUGACUCCAGGCUACUCACUGCUCUUAAUCGAUGACUUUUGCCUGCCCGGCGAGAGUCCGCCAUACUAUCCAGCACUGCUUGAUGUUGUCAUGAUGGCUGCAUUUACAGGCACGGAACGCACGCAGGCGCAGUGGUACUCGCUGCUGGACCGUGCUGGGUUUAAGAUCAACCGCAUCUAUCGUGAUGCUACGGGCCAGGAAGAGAGCGUUAUAGAGGCGGAGCCAAAGUAG